AUGUUGACUUAUGAAGAAAUCUCGAAACACUCCACGAAGGAUGAUUGCUGGGUCAUAAUUCAUGGAAAAGCUUAUGAUGUCACCUCUUUCUUGGAUGAGCACCCAGGAGGGUCAGGUAUCAUACUUAAGUAUGCUGGCAAAGAUGCGACAAAGGCUUUCGAUCCAAUUCAUCCCAGUGACACUCUCACGAAAUACCUCCCACCAGAACUUCACCUAGGCGAUGUUGAUCCCAAAAGCAAACCUUCAGGUAAGGUCAAGAGUAAGGUUACUGAGCAACAGAGCGGUGGUCUAGCUGGCGCUAAUGCGCAUGCACCUUCCAGAACUGUCGAGGAAUUCGAUGUUGAAUAUGACGAGCAAGAUGAUAAGAUCCCUCUUUUCGAGGCCUCAGAUCAUGGUGCUUCCCAAACGAAUGCCAUAGGCACCUCUAACGAUAUCGAUGUAUAUGAUGAUGAUGAUGAUGAUGAACCCCCAACAGCUCAUGAAAUCAACAGAAGAAAGAUGGUGAAAAUGAAGCCAGACUUGAGUCAGAUGUACAAUUUGCAUGAUUUCGAGCAUGUUGCAAAAAAUACCAUGGAGCUUACUGCUUGGGCUUAUUAUUCAUCUGGCGCAGACGAUGAAAUUGCCUUACGCAAUAACCAUUUAGCGUAUCAAAGAAUCCUUUUCCGGCCGAAGGUUUUGAGGGAUGUCACUAACAUAAGUUUACUGACGGAAAUGCUCGGAAGCCAAUCAUCCGUCCCAUUCUACAUCACGGCUACUGCACUUGGUAAACUUGGUCAUCCUGAUGGAGAGAAGGUCCUUACUCGUGCUGCGUCGAGACAAGGGGUCAUUCAAAUGAUACCAACAUUGGCAUCGUGUUCCUUUGAUGAAAUUGUUGACCAAGCAGAUGGGAAGCAGACUCAAUGGUUGCAGUUGUAUGUCAAUUCAGACAGAGAAGUGACGAAAAGGAUUGUUCAACAUGCUGAGUCCAGGGGAAUCAAGGGCCUUUUUAUUACUGUUGAUGCACCGCAAUUGGGAAGGCGUGAAAAGGAUAUGAGGUCGAAGAACGUUGAAGAUUUGAGUCAUGUUCAAGGCGAAGGAUGGAUAGGAGUAAGGGUCCUUUCGAAUACCAAAAACGGUGGGAAAGCUGAACUCAAACUCGCUUCUGAGAAUGACGAGACAGUCUAUACUGUCACAACUGAUAAUCUCUCAGAGGACAACACGGAGUUACCCCCUUUGAGAAACCCUCCUAUCUUAGAAGCUGCUGAAGACUUGACCUCUUUGUCUUACCUCAACGAACCAGCUGUGUUGCAUGCUAUCAAAGUUCGGUAUUCUCAAUUAAACAUUUACACCUAUUCUGGAAUAGUCUUGAUUGCCACGAAUCCCUUUCAAAAGGUUGACCAACUUUACUCCCAAGAUAUUGUUCAAGCAUAUGCCGGUAAGUCCAGAGGGGAACUCGAGCCACAUCUUUUCGCCAUAGCUGAGGAUGCUUACCGCUGCAUGAAAAGGGAUGGAGAGAACCAAACGAUUGUUGUCAGUGGAGAGUCAGGCGCUGGAAAAACUGUUAGUGCAAAGUAUAUCAUGAGAUACUUUGCAUCAGUGGAAGAGGAGUCCGAGCUUGAAAAUAAAGUUGGCACUGAGCAUAAGUCAGAUAUGUCAGAUGUGGAGAAGCAGAUCUUAGCAACAAAUCCUAUCACUGAGGCCUUCGGAAAUGCUAAAACCACGCGAAACGACAACUCUUCGCGUUUUGGAAAGUACUUGGAAAUUCUUUUUGACUCCGAAACAAGGAUUAUUGGAGCCCGAAUCAGAACUUACUUGUUGGAGAGAUCGAGAUUAGUUUUUCAACCCAAGGGAGAGCGUAACUAUCACAUCUUUUACCAGAUGCUUGCCGGUAUGACCAACGAGGAAAAAGCUGAACUAAAAUUGACCUGCGCGGAGGACUUCAAGUACACAAACCAAGGGGAUGCAAUAAUAAUUCCAGGUGUCGAAGAUGGGCAAGACUUUGCUACUACAAAAGACUCUUUGAACUUGAUCGGGAUUAAUGACGGAAUGCAAGCUGAGAUUUUCAAACUCCUAGCCGCGAUGUUGCAUAUUGGUAAUAUCGAGAUCGCAGCAACUCGUAAUGACGCGUUUCUUUCAUCUGAUGAACCCAGUGUUGUGAACGCGUGCUCAUUGCUUGGUAUCGAUGCUACCACGUUCAGCAAAUGGUGUGUCAAGAAGCAAAUCACGACGAGAUCAGAGAAAAUCACGAGCAGUUUGAAUCACAAGCAGGCAAUUGUGGCACGAGAUUCAUUUGCAAAAUACAUCUAUUCGGCUUUAUUCGAUUGGCUUAUUGACUAUAUCAAUACCGACCUCUGCCCACCAGACGUUGGUGAAAAUAUCAAGUCUUUCAUUGGUGUAUUGGAUAUCUAUGGAUUCGAGCACUUCGAGAAAAACUCUUUCGAGCAAUUUUGCAUCAACUAUGCCAAUGAAAAGUUGCAGCAAGAGUUCAACCAACAUGUCUUCAAACUUGAGCAAGAAGAGUAUGUUCGAGAGGAAAUUGAGUGGUCUUUCAUCGAUUUCUCGGACAACCAACCAUGCAUCAAUUUAAUUGAAAAUAAACUUGGUGUACUUGCAUUACUCGAUGAGGAGUCAAGGUUACCUGCUGGAAAUGAUCAAUCCUGGGUUGAAAAGAUGUAUCAGAGUCUUGAUAAGCCGCCAACGAAUACCGUUUUCAAAAAACCUCGUUUUGGGCAGACCAAAUUCAUAGUCAGUCACUAUGCUCUUGAUGUGACUUACGAUAUCGAAGGCUUCAUCGAGAAAAAUAGAGAUACAGUGGGCGAGGGUCAUCUUGAUGUAUUGAAGCAAACUACCAACAAGCUUCUCUCUGAUGUCUUAUCCAUUAUCGACAAAAAUGCUGCUAAGUUGGAAAGCUCUGCAUCCGUCAAGAAAAGUAUCUCAUCGAAAAAGCCUACUCUCGGCUCUAUGUUCAAAAACUCCCUCAUUGAAUUGAUGAAAACCAUAAACUCCACGAAUGUCCACUAUAUUCGCUGCAUCAAGCCGAAUGAAGACAAGCGUGCAUGGGAAUUUGAUUCAUUGAUGGUCUUAUCUCAGUUGAGAGCUUGUGGUGUCUUAGAAACUAUUCGUAUAUCUUGUGCGGGCUUCCCUUCAAGAUGGACGUUUGUGGAAUUUGCUGAUAGAUAUCACAUCUUGGUACCGUCCGAAGAAUGGCUUAAGGUUAUGAGUGGCGACACUACUCAAGAGUCUGUUUCGGGAUUAUGCAACAAAAUCCUAUCGUCAAACAUCAGUGACUCCGGAAAAUUCCAAUUGGGUAACACGAAAAUCUUUUUCAAGGCUGGUAUGCUUGCUCAUUUCGAAAAGUUGCGUUCCGAAAAACUUCAUCGUUCCGCAGUUAUGAUUCAGAAGAACUUGAGGCGUAUUCAUCAAAGAAAGAUUUAUCUCGACAUCAGAUCCAGCCUUAUCAGUUUACAAUCCCUCCUCAGAGGGCAUGGUACGAGAAUGAGAGUUCAACGCGAGAGAGAGCAUGUGGCUGCAGUGAAAAUUCAAACCUUGAUUCGGUCCCACCUCUGCAGACUAAGAUUGAAGGCAGCACUCGACAGUAUCUUGGUGUUGCAAAACGCAUUGAGAGGAUUUCAGGCGAGAAGAAGUUUCAGAGAUGUUAAACUCGAGAAAUCGGCGAUCGUUCUUCAAAAGGCUUUUAGGCGCCGUCGCUCUCGCGAUGAGUAUGUUAGUCAACGGACUUCUGCUGUUGUCCUUCAAUCACACAUGAGAAGAAAGUUGGCGCGCCGUGAGCUCUUGUCAUUGAGGGAGGAUGCAAAAUCCGUUAAUCAUUUGAAAGAGGUCUCAUAUAAAUUGGAGAAUAAGGUCAUAGAGCUCACGCAGUCAUUAACUUCCAAGAUAAAGGAUAACAAGUCAUUGAUGGAAGAAAUCGAGAGCCUUAAAGAGCUUCUUUCGCAGUCAAGCUCAGCGACCGAGGCCCUCAAAACUCGUGAGGUUGAGUUCAACGAGAAGUUUGAUUCUCAAAAUGACGCGUAUAAGAAGGAAACUGAAUUGUUGAAUGCUGAACUUGAGUCAAUAAGAAAAGAGUACCAAACCGCUGAGGUCAGAAUUGAGGAAUUGACUAAGGAACAAGCAGAGCUUCGACAGGAAGUCAAACGUAACAUUGAGGAACUCAAUGAAGCAAGAAACGCGCUCGUGAAGAGGGAUACCAUCGAAGUUGAUCUCAAGUCUCAUAUUGAGCAAUUGCAAGCACAACUCACCAGCCUUCAAUCGCAACAAAGUCAAGUGCAAUCUUCCAAAUUACGCAGUAUUGGUAACAAGAGGCAUAGUAGUGCGGGCACGUGGAAUUCUCAGCACCAUUUCGAUCUGCAAAGACCAGUUUCUGUGAUCGCAGUCUCCAAUGAUGAUGCGGCGGAUGCAGAUGAUAUCAAUGAUGAGUUGUUCAAACUCUUAAGAGACACGCGCCCACUUCAUCGCGAGAUCGUUGAAGGAUUGUUGAAAGGCCUCAAAAUUCCACCAUCUGGGGUUGCUGCGGAUCUUACGCGAAAAGAGGUUUUGUUUCCAGCGAGAAUAAUCAUUAUCAUUCUUUCUGAUAUGUGGAGACUUGGCCUCACAAGGGAAAGUGAAGAAUUCCUUGGUGAAGUAUUGGCGGGAAUCCAGCAGAUUGUUUCGACUUUGAAGGAAGAUGAAGUUAUAUCGAACGGUGCGUUCUGGCUUUCCAACACCCAUGAGCUUUAUUCAUUUGUCUCAUAUGCCCAACAAACCAUCAUCGCGAACGAUUCAUUAUCUCAUGAUAUGAGUGAAGAAGAGUUCGAUGAAUAUCUAAAAUUAGUGGCAGUCGUAAAGGAGGAUUUUGAGUCGCUUUCUUACAACAUCUAUAAUAUGUGGAUGAAAAAGAUGGAGAAAGACUUGGAGAAGAAGGCAGUUUCUGCGGUCGUGAUUUCUCAGUCACUUCCUGGAUUCAUGGCACCCGAAAACUCUCCUUUUUUGGCGAAGGUAUUUUCACAAGGUGUGCAAUAUAAAAUGGAUGACAUUUUAUCUUUCUUCAACACGGUAUACUGGUCGAUGAAGUCAUACUUUAUCGAGGGCGAAGUAAUGAACUCGGUCAUUAUUGAGCUUUUGCGCUUUGUGGAUGCCUUGUGUUUCAACGAUUUGAUCAUGCGCAGAAACUUUUUGUCAUGGAAGCGUGGUUUGCAAUUGAAUUAUAAUGUCACACGACUCGAGGAGUGGUGUAAGAGCCACGAUAUUCACGAAGGCUCGGCUCACCUCAACCAUUUGUUGCAAGCAGCCAAGCUUUUGCAACUCAGAAAAAACACACCGGAGGAUAUUGAUAUCAUUUAUGAGAUUUGCUUUGCGUUGAAGCCUAUCCAAAUCCAAAAGUUGAUAUCUCAAUACUAUGUCGCGGAAUAUGAGACACCGAUUGCACCUGAUGUGUUGCAGGCAGUUGCUGAUAAGGUGAAGUCUAGCGACGGUUCAAACGAUGAUUUAUUCGAAGUGGUAGCGACUGAUGGUCAUUUUGAUGAUCCUUUCCGGGCAGUGAACUUACGACCAUUUUCUCGUGUGGAGGCUUAUGUUCCAGCAUGGUUAAGCCUUCCAGUAAUUAGAAGGAUUGUGGAGCUUGUCGCCAAAAAUGCUUCCGUUCAAGAAGAACCGAUAACCUCGGCCGAAGACGAGCUACAUUGA